AUGUCUAGCAAGGCGGAGAAGAAAAUGAUCGAGAAUCUCCUGAUUCGGAAACGAGUGUGUGCCGUUCGAGAUGUGGUAGAAAAGUUUAAAGCGGAAUACGACCAUGAGCGGGACUCCAGUCAAAUCCAUGUGAGACUCGACACGUUGGAUAGAAUUAACAAGGAGUUUCUGGAGGCGCAAGCGGAGAUCGAGAUGUUGGACAAGCCAGACAUGUUUGAGCAGCACAUCCAGGUUCGCGCUGAUUUCGAAAAUCGCUUUUGUGUUUUGAAAGGGUUCCUGCUAUCCAAGAUAGACAACAAUCAAACGAUUCUAAGUUCGACGAUGACGACCAACUUCACUCACAAUCCAACAUCUGUCAGUUUUCACCAUCGGUUGCCGAAAAUAGAUUUGCCAAAGUUCAAUGGAGACGAAUCACGAUGGAUUUCAUUUCGGGAUAACUUUCUGUCCAUGAUACACUGCAACGACGAUAUCCCAACGGUCAACAAGUUGCAGUAUUUGUUGCAAGCACUGGAAGGAGAGGCAAAGAAGCCAUUUGAGACCGUCGAUGUACAAUCGGAUAACUAUGCGUCGACGUGGGAUGCGCUGAUGAAGAGAUACGACAACAAACGGUUUUUGAAGAAGGAACUAUUCCGAGGUUUGUUCGAGUUACCACCAAUGAAGCGUGAGUCAGCACAGGAGCUUAAUGCGUUGGUUGACGACUAUCAACGCCACGUUAAGGCUUUGGGAAAGUUAGGAGAACCUGUCACAAAUUGGGAUACACCGCUUAUCUACAUUUUGACCAGCAAGUUGGAUUCUACUACUGUUCGAGCCUGGGAGCACGAGACUCGCCAGAAGGAUGACGUUAGCUACGAAGAACUCAUCGAAUUCCUGAUCCAACACGUUCGUAUGCUCAAGUCAGUAUCCAGUGAUCUGCAACACCGUUCCCAAACGACUAACGCCAAGAUGGCCGGCCCUAUCCAAAAGAAACCCUUCACAGUGAAGUCCGUCGUUAACGCAGCAACUUCAGAAAACAAAAUGAAUGCUCCGCAAUGUCCUGCAUGCCCCGAUAAGCACCUGCUACAUCAAUGCCCGAAGUUCACCAAGCUAUCUGUUCCUCAGCGCCGAGAGUUAGUUAGCCAGCAAAGCUUGUGUUGGAACUGUUUUCGAUCAAACCAUCAAGCACGAAUCUGCAAGUCAAAGUUUUCUUGUAGAACCUGUCAUUCUAGACACCACACGUUAUUGCACGAUCAAGCUGCACCCUCUAAGAUGUCUUCGACUCCAGCCGUCACAACAGCCAUUUCUGAACUGCAACCUAAUCCAUCCACGUCAGCGAACGUGGGGACCUUUGGAUCAGCGCAUCCACCUGAAGUAAGUCUCUCCAUCCAAUCGAACCAUAGCACGGUCUUACUGGAAACGGUUGCACUUCAAGUCGUUGACAAGCAUGGUCGAGAAACUCCAGUCAGAGCACUUCUUGAUUCCGCCUCGAUGUCCAAUUUCAUCACCAAGAAACUCGCAAACGCUCUUGCCAUUCGUCCAAGCCCAGUGGACAUCGCAGUAGCCGGAAUAGGAGAUGCUCUCAAACAAAUCAAGCGCCAAAUAACGGCCACUAUCAAAUCGAGAACAAGCGCAUUUUCUACCACACUCGAAUUCCUCGUCAUGAAGAAACCCACUGCCAAUCUGCCAACAAUACCCAUCGACGCUUCUUCGUGGAAAAUGCCAAACGUCUCUUUUGCAGAUCCGCACUUCAAUGUGCCAGGAACGAUCGACAUCAUCAUCGGUGGCGAGUGCUACCACGAAAUUCAUACUGGAAAUCGCAUAUCCAUCGGUGACGGUCUACCACUGCUAGUUGAUACUCUUUUCGGGUGGACAGUUUCAGGAAAGGUGUGCACCUCUUCUGCCCACGCUUCGCCGGCUUGUUAUAUCUCUACCGUUGAUCGUUCUCUUGAAACAUCCCUGCAACGAUUUUGGGAACUGGAAGCCGUCGAUCAUAGUUCAAUGUAUUCCGCUGAAGAAAGAAGAUGUGAAGAAAUGUUUGCUAGCACCACCACUCGAAAUCAUUCUGGGAGGUUCGUCGUACGCCUUCCUCGGUCCGAAGAUCCGCAAGUCACCCUCGGCGAUUCGCGCGCGAUCGCAACUCGUCGAUUCUACAGCCUCGAAAGACGCCUAGAGAAAGAUGCCACCGUUAAAGCCGCAUACCACAAGUUCCUUGAAGAAUAUGCAAGUCUACACCAUAUGCAAAGAAUCGAUCCUGUCGAUGAUGGAAAGCCACAUUGUUAUCUGCCGCAUCACCCGGUUUUUAAGGAGGCAAGCACUACCACCAAGAUUCGCGUGGUGUUUGAUGCCUCUUGCAAAACUACCUCCGGGUUUUCGCUCAACGAUUCGCUUCUCGUUGGUCCAGUGGUGCAACAGGACCUCCUCUCGAUCGUGAUACGUUUCCGCACUCGUUCUGUGGCCAUUGUUGCAGACAUCGAAAAGAUGUACCGCCAGAUUGAAGUGCAUCCCGCUGAUCAGAGUCUUCAACGCAUCCUAUGGCGUGUCAAUCCAACGGAUCCACUCGAAACCUACGAACUGCGCACCAUCACAUACGGAACAGCUUCAGCUCCAUACCUCGCAACACGGACGCUGCAGAAGCUGGCACAGGAGGAAGGAGAUUUGUAUCCAGUAGCAGCCGAGGCAAUCAUCGAAGAUUUCUACGUCGAUGAUCUACUGUCUGGUGCAGAUGAUGUACAAGCUGCCAUACAAAAACGCCGUCAGAUAUCAGCGAUGUUAGAUUCGGCCGGCCUUCCAAUCAAAAAAUGGGCGUCAAACAUCCCGGAGGCUCUAGAUGGUGUUCCCCAGGAGGACUUAGCUAUUAAAACACUACAUGAUCUACAAGACGACCAGUAG